UUGAUUUCACAUUAAAACACUUACGGUCAGAGAAAAUCGAAAGGGGAAAAGCAGGAUUUCAAAAACUCGAGAAAAUGAUUUCGCAGAUCCUUGUUCUUUUACUACUCUUCGAUGCCCAGAUUCCGAUCCUGGAAACAAACAAUUUGGAGGUGUCGGGAAAGCCAGCAAAAUCUUCCUUCUGUCCCCGAAAAGCAGGGGAAAAUUCGGAAUUCUACGAAGAGGGAAACUUGAAGGUGAUCAACGAUAAUAAUUGGAAGCAGUUGCUGAAUGGCGAAUGGCUGUUCUUUCUGUGCGUGAAGUUCGAAUCGGAUUGCCAGGAUAUGGAAAGGAUCUUCAAUGAGUUGCUCACCAUUUGCAAAGGAUGUUUCCACGUGGGAUUGGCUUUCAGCGAUGUCUCCAUUCCCUUGACGCUUCACAGGAGAUUCUCCGUCCAUGGCGAGGAUGUUUUGUACCAUGUUUUGGGUGGGCAGUUCCGUCAACUGAGCCUGGGACACAAUGCGGUGUCCUUGCGCAAGUUACUGCAACUCCGCAAGUGGACGCACAUCAAGCCACUGCCAUUCUGGCGCCAUCCCACUUCCAUGUGGAUCGAUAUCGAGGUUUUGGCCUAUAAGGCAGCCGUGGAAGUCCAGAAAUCGGGAGUUAUUGGCAACGACUAUCAGCUGGCCACCUGGUUGGUCAGCUUUCUUUUUGCCUGCAUUCCGACCACGGGAAUAUAUUUGAUCUGCCGCAUAGUCUACCAUAUAUUCGGCAAGACUUCGGCUCCAAAGGAUAUCUCGGAAAACCACAAACUUCCUUCAGAUGAAAACUGUAGCUCUGGUUGGAUAAAGAUUGAAGAUAUCAUGACUGAGGAUUCGGAUGAUAGUGGCUCGGAUGAUAGUGAUUCGGAUGAUAGUGAUAGCAAAGAUGGUGACAGUGAUGAUGGCGAUGCUUAUUUUUCUGUUGAAGAGUUCCUUUUUCCAACGAUUGAUGAUAAUAUGAUGAGAUAUGAUUAGAUGAACCCGGGAUAUUCUUCUCAAAACUACGAAUCAGAAUAUUGAUGAUGAUGAACAAACUUUCCUAUCCAUUUUCAUAACAUUUCUAAUGAUGGAGAAAUAAUGAGCUUUCCAGAAGGAAGCUACUUUUUUUUGAAGGCUCAACCUUUAUAAUAAACUCGGUUCAUUAUA